GCAAGCGAUCUUGAAGAUCUCAUAACACUUUAAGAUUAAGGUUUGCGACUAGAUUUGUUGUAUUUCAGUUCUAAUUCUGUUCUUCAAUUCUUCAAUAUAUUUUCCGGUUUAUUGAAGUAGACUUAGAUUUCAGAUAAUCACAUAUAUAAAAAUCUACUUGGGUCAGGUCUGAAGAUCUAACUGGUCGUUAGAUAACGCUUCUCCUUCCGAUUCAUCUAUUUUGGAAAAUAUCGUUAGGGUAAUCUCAUACUAAGUAUACGCGAAUAGUGUGGGGAUGCUCCAUCCGGUUGGAACCAUACUGAAUAUCUGCUGGUAUGUUUGGGUUCUCAGCAUUUGGGUAAAACACAAUUAAUCUGGGUAUUAUACAAUAUUGAAAUUGGUCGGAGUACAUGAAGCAUAGUUAAAAUUCCAUGCAAAAUUUAAAAAUGUAAAAAAAAAACAUAGGUGCUUCCAUUUGAAAAUAUAGUCGGUGGUAGUUGCUUAUUUUUGAGCCACCCUGUGUACCAUGAAAAACCCGUAGUCAAAAAUAAAGACCGACGUAUCCGAGCGUUUUCUCAAAAAACAAAUCCCUGAAUUUUAAAUUAAUUUGUUCCAAUUUUAGUUUUAUUAUAAUCAAAUGUGCAGUAUGUUAUGACGAAAAUAAACAAAAGUUAAUUUGUCAAUUUUCAAAUAAAUAAUUUGAAUUAGAACACGGCAAAGAAUCGUAACCUAUUGGUUUUUGGAAAUGGAUGACAGAUAUGUCACCCUGGUCGAAAAAUUUUUUGUCGAAGGCUAAUCCUAAAAGUGUGGCAUCAUGCAUACUAUCGGGCAUUUGGUUGGAUUACAUCUGGGAAACGUAUCUUUGCUUCAGACAAUUCAGUUUGACACGUAGUGCAAAAGAAAUGCCUCGGAACAUCGCGGAAAUAACGACUCCCGAAAUCUACACCUUGUCACGACUGUAUCAUAUGGAUCAAAUGAAAUUGGGCUUUGCAAAAGAUUUGUUCGCAUUGACCGUCAGUACUGCUAUUAUCCGUCAUGGUAUUCUGGCUAAAGUCUGGGCGCUCUCUGAAAGAAUAACACCCUUCAGGGGUGAAAUUGGUACAACAUGGAUGUGGUCUGUAAUCUUCACGACCGGCAGCACUUUUAUAUACCUUCCGUUCACUCUUUACGAAACGUUUGUUCUGGAAAACAAAUACGGAUUCAAUAACAUCCCAUUCGAGAUCUUCCUCACAGAUAUAAUAAUCACGCUCAUCUUUCUCCACAUUCUCAAUCUUCCCGCAUAUGCAGUUUUUAUAAGUCUAGUCAAGUUAAGUGGCGACAAAGUGGGAUUGGUCCUUUGGCUUUUGUCAACCCUUGCUCUUUUGGGUUUGACUGCCACUUUUCCGACCUUGAUUGAUCCAAUGGAUGGUUCGUUUACACCGUUGCCCGAAGGAAAACUAAAAGAUGACAUAGAACAAUUGGCUCGCACAGUAGGGUUCCCGCUGGGUGGGAUCUAUAUUAAAGACAGUUCACAACGAACGAGUCACGCGAACGCAUAUUUCGCAGGCAUGUUUGGUUCAAAGCGCAUAGUUCUCUAUGACACUCUUCUUACUAUUUGCACUCCUAACGAAAUUCUAGCGAUCUUAUGUCACGAAUUCGGUCAUUGGAAACAUAAGCAUAUUGCAGCGAGGAUCGUAGCUUUUCAGAUUUAUCUCAUUCUAACAAUUUCUAUGUAUUCGUGGACGUAUCGGUGGCCAACUUUAUAUCAGGCUAUGGGAUUCCCCAUUGGUGUAGAACCUGUCUUGAUAGGUCUUAUGGUUCUUACCAGUCUUGUUAUGGUCCCUAUCAACUCGAUAGCCACAUGCCUUUUGAACACAUUAAGCAGACAUCAAGAAUACCAAGCUGAUCAGUUUGCAGUUCAAUUCGGAAAAGCAAAUGAUCUAAUUGGAGCGCUCAAGCAACUGCAUAAGGGAAAUUUGGCAGAUUUGGUUUACGAUCCCCUUUAUGUCAGCUGGUAUCAUUCUCAUCCCCCCAUUGCAGAAAGAAUCGAAGCUUUAAGGCAGAAAUAAUAGAAAAUGUUUAACUAAAUUUUAAUUUCUUUUUGGAAUGGUGUAAAAAUUAAUGUGAAUUUGUCGAAGAGAAUAAAUAUUCUUUUGAGUA